UGUCACCUGUCACUCAGUCACUAACUUAUAGUAACUUUUCAGUUUCACAGCAGAAUAUAAUUCGCGGCAUUUGAUUUCGUGUUAAUAUAAAAUUGCAAUACUGUCGCGAAACAAGCCAGUUAUUCUUCUAAAAUGAGUCGCAAAGAGGCAUUGUCAUCCUUCAUUCAGCAAAUACACGGCCGGCCUGUCGUCGUGAAACUAAACAGCGGCGUCGACUACAGAGGUGUUCUAGCGUGUCUGGACGGAUACAUGAACAUAGCUCUGGAGCAGACUGAAGAGUAUGUGAACGGACAGCUAAAGAACAAGUAUGGGGAUGCCUUCAUCCGCGGGAACAAUGUGCUCUACAUCAGCACACAGAAGAGACGGAUGUAGGCGGAGCAGGACGCUGUGAUAACUAGGAUAAGAAUAACAUUAAACUGGUAAUCUCUACUA